AGGAUGCAACUUACAAGUUAUCUCUCGAAGCUUGUGAGAAGUGCGGGGCAGACUUGUCUCGAUAUUCAACCUACAUAUGCAACAGAGUAGAGGAUGCGCUGAGAAAUUUCGUCACCAAACACCUUAGUUCACUUUUCAAGUGCGAUGAUCCUGUGUGCGAGUUCCGUACAAGGACACAUCUCAUGAAAUGGUGCCGUGAAGGCCUUGAAUGCCCUAAAUGUGCUGGAGGAGUACUGAGGAAGGAGUAUUCUGGCAAAGAUCUUUUUGACCAGCAAAUGUUCUUCAAGCAAAUUGUUGACAUUCAAGCAGCAAUGCAAGAGCUGAGACCGGAGCAGAAGCGCAGCAUACAAACAAAACCAGGUUUUACAUCUUUAAUGGCGCUUUACAACAAUCUGUCAGCACUAGUUGCUCGAUACUUGGAGAAGAACACAUAUAGCAAAGUAGAUCUCGCUUUUAUAUUUGCACCAAUGAUGAAGAUAGAGUAA